AAAGAAGGUCAUCAAACUCUAAUUGGACAAGUGUCACCUGGGGCCAAAAUCCAGCCAAUCAGUGCAGCAUUUGACAAGAUCCCUUUGAUUUCCAAUUUACUUUGAAAGCUGUGUUGGUUUGUUAGUUCUAAUCUGCUUCUUGCACUUGUCCAAUAUGGAGGCAGCCACAUCUACCUUCCAGCAUUCUUACGGUAUGGGCCCUCAGGGUCCAAACCCACCAUACGGAGCUCAGCAGGCCCAGGGACCCCAUCUGCCGGCUCCAGGGCCUUCAGGAGCUCCACGUCCUGAGGAGCAGCACCACCAGCACCACCAGCAGCAGCAGCAGCAGCACCACAAACCUUUCUUCUACGUACAGUCCUCGCAGCCAUACAUGCCCAUGCAGAGUAUGCAGUGGCCUGUACCAAUGCCCAUGCCUGUGUCCUACAACCCAUACUACCCUGGUUUAGGUUAUGGCAUGCAAGCAGUGAUGCCCCACUAUCAGCCAAAUCCGUACAUGGAGCCACCCGGCUUUGUUGUACCCCACACCCACCUCCAUUUGAUGGACUACCGACGCAUGCUCAACCCCCAGUACUACCAGACCAUGGCCUACCACUCCCGCAGGUACCGCUACCAGCACAACAGCCAGACCAGAGAAAUGACCAGCUCUGAGGUUCAAACGGAGCCACUGUCUGCCGCCCAGAGGACCAGCACUCCAGGUCCCAGCAAAGUCGAGGCCCCCAGUGACCUCCCAGUCUGCAUCGGCGACACCAGCCCCAGUGUCUCCAUCAAGCAGCCGCUCUCACCAGCCUUGGCUGUGCAGAAGGUGAAUCAUUCUCUGGAGCUAAAGGACACGGCGCCCUCUUCCAUCACCAGGACGCCACCAAAUGGCAGCUUUGUGAUUCAGACAGAGGAGGUGAGGAUUGAAUGCUGCACCACACCGGUGGGACUGCAACUCCUGCACGCUCGUGAGACUGCAGAAGUGUCCCACAGCUUCUCCCAAAAAGUGGUCCAGCGCAGUAGCUCUGUCCUCCAGGGUCGCGUGCGGCAGGACGAGGGGCCGUGCCUUCCUGCAGAUCAGUCGGAGCAGGCGCUCCAAGCUUGUCCUGACAUCCUGUUAGUUGGGACGCCCAGCAGUGGUGAGAAGUACCCUGCUCUGGAGGAGUCCAGGAACCAGGUGGACCAUGCGACUGCCGAUGUUGGUUCCCGAGUAGCAGCUCACGCCGACGUUCAAGAGACGAACGCUGAGAAAGAUUCGUCAAAGAAUUUCAACUUCAAAGUCGUUCACCCGACCUUCGACCCCAAAUACUUGGAUGAGCUGUGGAAGAUGGAGUCCAGUGUCUGGUCAAUGGAGGAAACUCUGGUUCCCUCUCCUGAAUCGCUGAUCCAGAAUGGCCGCACAGAGUGUCAUGAUGAAAGACUGGCAGGUGUAGCUGAAGUGCCCUCAGCAGAUGUGCUGACGGCGAGAGAGGAGGCUCCUGCAGAAGACGUCGUCCCCAUGAUUGAGAUGCUUCCUCUGGAAGAGGAUGAACAGGAGCACAUGGUGCCCAGUGUGGAGGAUGAGAUGGUGUCUGAAGCUGAUCUGUGCCCCGGGAUGGAUGUUCCUGUCGCAGAGGAAGCUCCUAUGACGGAGUUGACUCACACAGCAGAGGUGCUUUUGGGUAAUUCCCCUCUUAAGGCAGGUAGAAAGAACGUGCAGGAUCACCAGGACACUUCAUUUGAAUCACUGCCUGCCUACCUACCUUCAACCAGCUGGCUGGCUGACUUCGAUAAUGUCUACUAUUGCAGCAAGAUGCCGCCAACUCCCAAGAAGCAGAGCAGACUUGUGGGCAACCAUGGAUUAGAUGUGCCAACCAGGAGACGAAAACUAGACUACAAAGAACAACCAACCGUUCGCAAGCCGAAAGAGAGGUUCAAACCCAAAGGGAAGGUGGAUCGGCGAAGCCUCUCUGACCACGAGUGCUGCCUCAACAGGAACUUCACUGAGAAUGCGUUUACUCCUUAUGCGCCCAAGAGGGAGCGACUUUGCUCCAGAUGUGUGGCGAAGAGCAGGAUCGGCACGUCUGCCAGUCCGGGACUCGACGGUGGCAUCUUAAAAAGAAAAGCGUCUCUCCUCCAACAGUGGAAUGACUUACCAACAUGUGAAGCCUGUAAAUCUCACUCCAAGAAGUGGCUGAUGAGAAAAGGUUCCAGUCCUGAUAUCCGCCCUCAUCACGGACACGACAGCGAGGGGGAGUCUUCUGAGAACAGCUCGUGUCGCUUAGGUCCUAAAUGGAGGGCGGCUGAUCCUCCCAGGAAGCUGAACAGCCUCAAGAGGCCGCUUGCCUCCAAGCAGAACGUGGAGAAAUGUCCUGCAGCGGUGUACACGAAGCUGAGGGACAAGAACUGCGUGUGCAAUGAGCCGCAGCAUCAGUCCGUAGUGUGGGAGAGGCUGCGCCACUGUCCCCACGGCAACGCCAUCCGAGAAAUGGAUGAGAACUGCGCCCUGCCGGCUUCCCUCCAGGACAAAUGGAGGAUAAUGGAUCAGAUUUACCUGACACACAGGUGGCAAAUGGAGAAGCCAUGGAAAGCAGUGAUGCCGAACCACGACAGCGACGGCUCCAAGAAUGAAGCCAGAUCAUCACAUUUUAACAAACACAAGAAAUCACAACCACAAUCACAAGGAACUUGUAGAAAAGACACAAGGUGUUGAUUUGCACAAGAGCACAACUCAACAAUGUGAAAAACACACUUUUAAAAAAAAAA